UCUUCUCACAAAUUUCCCCAAUCUGUCUACACUACACUCCAGAGUACCUCAUGUGACUCAAAUGGAUAACGCCCAGCAAAUUUAAUCACUGAACAAAGUUAUUGAGCUUUAUUCUCAACUGCCUCAACAACAAUGGGAGCGCUGAGUUUUGGUUUUUCACCUCUGAAUGCUGUCACUACCUCCAGCAAACAACAAACUUUGAAGAACUUGGGCACAGCCCAUUUCUUCAACUCUACAAAUAUGCCUUCUUUCAACUUCAGAACCCAGCAAAACUGCAGGGGUGGCAUAAGAAUGCAAGUUGUUGAAGAAGAGUAUGAGGUGCAGCAAGCAAAAGAUAUGGCUGCUGCAAAAAAAAGAUGGGAGGCCAUGAUAAGGGAUGGGAAAGUAAAAUUUCUCACACCUAGGGAAGCUGGAUAUGCUAUUCAACUCUCAAAUAAAGUUCUACUCGAUGUCCGUCCAUCUACAGAGCGUAAAAAGGCAUGGGUUAAAGGCUCAACAUGGAUUCCAUUAUUUGAUGUUGAUAACAGUAUUGAUGCUGUUAAUCUUUCCAGGAAGAUGACAAAUUUCAUGAUGGGUGGCUGGUGGAGUGGUGUGCCAGCAUUAGCGUAUGACAACAAAUUUUUAUCAAAAGUUCAGGAGAAAUUUCCGAAAGAUAGUGAUCUUAUAGUGGCCUGUCAGAAAGGUUUGAGAUCCCUUGCGGCUUGUGAACUUCUAUACAAUGCUGGGUACAGAAACCUUUUCUGGGUUCAAGAAGGUUUGGAGGCUGCAGAAGAGGAGGAUCUUGACAGAGAAGGUCCUCAACCAUUUAAACUUGCUGGAAUUGGUGGAGUGUCAGAGUUCUUAGGUUGGACUGACCAGCAACGAGCUGCAGCUGCGAAGGAAGGCUGGGGUUACCGAUUAGUUUUUACUGGUCGUUUGCUUGGCGUCAUUCUUGCUGCCGAUGCCUUGUUUUUUGGAGCACAGCAAGUAGGCCGUUAUAUUCAAGAUUUAAGGGCACAUUAAGUGCUUUUAGACAUAGAAGGUGGUUCUGGCCCAAGUAUCCAAGAAAUGACUUGUCCUCUCUCCAUUUUGCCUUAUUUAGUCCAAAGACAUGCCAGACUUCAUCCAAGAAACCUGUAAAUGGUGGGUGAUGCCAUUGUUGUAUACCUUUUCUCGGUCUUUUGGCCUGUAGCUCAAGUGAUGGUCAUUGCUUUACCGCUGCAACAUAUCUUGGUGUGACCUUUUUGUGUUUGUGUGACAGCCUCGUCAAAUUUUGUUGCAAGGAUUACUUGCUUUCAAACGUAUUCAAUGUUGGUGAAAUAUUUGAUUGCUUUGAAUCAUUUUUUCACAAGUAAAUGAUUCCGAACUCAUUCCUUGGACUACUCGAGUUUGCCAGCCAAGAUUGUUCAUAUUUCUCCCACAAUUUGUAGAUGGAACUAUUGACAAAGUUUUCCCUUUUGAAUUC